GGACCGAAGAUCCAUUUCAAUUGAUUAACACCAAAUCUAAAGGGGAUCUUCUUGCAGUCCUGUUUUCCCAUCUCAGCAAACCCUAGUCCCAUCGUACCGUUUCACGACGACAAUUGCCGUUUCUCCUUGCCGUCCGUCGGUCGCCGUCUCUCCUCCCAGAUCGCAUUCUCUCUCCUCUCCACGCCGCUGUACAUUAGGUUGCUUUAAAGACAAUAUGUCAGGAAUGGAUGAUGUCAAAGAGCAUGAACGUGUUGGAGAUGUCUCAGAGGAUUCUGAAAAAGCCAUGCCAUCAGCUCAACAAGAGGAGGCAGCUGUUAAGAGCAAGUAUGGAGGAAUUAUGCCAAAGAAACCACCACUCAUUUCUAAGGACCAUGAACGUGCUUACUUUGACUCUGCUGACUGGGCUCUUGGGAAGCAAGGUGUAGAGAAGCCCAAAGGACCACUGGAGAAACUUCGGCCUAAAUUGCAGCCAACACAACAGCAAACACGUUAUCGGAAAUCUCCUUAUGCUCCAUCGGAUGGUGAAGGAGGAAACACUCCAUCCGAGGAUGCAUCUGCAAAUGAAUAAGAGUUGCUGUUUUCCAUUUCUUCUAGUGAGAAUUGCUGAUUGAUAUUUUAGCAUCUGGAUAGCUGCUGAGUGAAUGUCUGUUGUUUCAAUAAAGUUGGAACCAUUAUUCCUGUAUUUGGCUAUAAUAGAGGAGAAACAAUCAUCUGUAGCUCUGCAACUAUACGAGAAUUAAACUUGUAUCCCCUUCAUUGCUGAUGCCGAAUGUAUUUUUCUUCUGGAUAUUGGGUGAAGAACUUACAGCUGAGAUUCAUCAUCUUCUAUUAACGAAUAUUGCCUGUGCUUAUGUUCCCUCCA